AUGGCUACUAAUCCAGGGAGCUCGAAGGUUUUAACUUUUGUUCGUUCAGUUUGGCAAGAUUUCAGGAACAGUAACGGUUUUGAUGCUUGCUUGCUAGGUGAUAUCCAAAUCCUCAGAGCAAUCCCCGGAUUUGUAGAAUGCUCUUUAAAGCUAGAAAACCGCCAUUUGAAUAGAAUGGGAAAUUUGCAUGGAGGAUGUAUUGCCGCCCUUACUGACUUGGGUGGAAGUUUAGCUCUUGCGAGCAGAGGAUUAUUCGUUUCUGGUGUUUCAAUUGAUAUGAAUCAAACAUUUCUGAAAAGUGGUGGAACUCUUGGUUCCCAAAUUCUCCUACAUGCCAAAUGCGACCGACUGGGUUCCAAUAUCGCUUUUACGAGUGUUGACUUUUUGACAGAAGCAAAGGAAACUUUUGCCAAGGGAAGACACACCAAGUUCGUUCGUAAUGCUUUAAACGACCCGAGAAACUGCUUUGAUUUGAACUAA